GAAAAGACUACGGGGAGGCCGAGCGCGGCGGUGUGGGGUGCCGCAAGCGUCGGGGGCUGUGCUCGAGCACGGCGGGCGGCAACAUGAAGAGGCGAGCAGGGGCGAGCGAGAAAAAAGAAGCCAAGAAGAUAUGGAAGGAGGUUUCAGUAGAAUGAAGGCAAUUUCUGCAAUAUUGUGAUUGAAGCUCAUUAAGUUAUCUAUCUUAAGAAGUCCCAACAGUCAAUUAGGAAGUCGGAAGGCUUAUCAGUCCUGCGUAUUGAGCUCAGUUACAACAAAAUAAGUUUAUGGACAUCUAUCUUGAAUUGUGGGCACCAGAACUGGACAGUAUUCCAACAGCGGUCAGUAUUCCAACAGCGGUCACACCAGUGCCAAACAAAGACAUAAAAUAACCUUCCAACUCCUGCUCAAGAUUCCCUUGUUUGUUCAUUCAAGGAUUGCUUUAGCCCUUUUGGCCACAGCAUCACACUUGGACCUCAUGUUCAGCUGAUGAGCCAUCAGGGCCCCCAAACCUUUUCCAGAGUUACUGCUUCCCAAGAAAGAGUCCCCCAUUAUAAACAAAAGCUUCUUGAAGAACUUGGAGAGAGUUGGCUUCCAUAUCUGACACCUAGAGAUGCCGAAUUCCACCAGCUGAGUUGGUUUCUUCUUCUUCCUACUAAGCUGGAGUGUAAGAGUCCUGAGGUCAAUAUUGGAACUGAUCCAAUUUGCCAGUGUUCUAUCUACAAUGUGGCUUCCUUACCAAAUGUAUGGAAGACCAGAUAUUCCAAACUCUUCCUCAGGAAAGCUGAUAAGAUACCCCAAGAACUUCAUCACAUAGUGCAAGAAGCCUUUUUGACCUUGCAAAAACAUGAUUGUUUCUUCCAAGAUCUAGUAAGGAUCAAAGAAAAAGAUUUUCUUACACCAGUAUCUCGUAUAUUAAUUGGAAACCCAGGAUGCACUUACAAAUACUUGAACACAAGACUGUUUACAGUUCCAUGGCCUAUGGAGGAUUAUGAAAUAAAAUAUUGCCAUCCUGAACUAUUUGCAGCUUGUAAAGCAUUAAUCAAACUUAAUGACUACUUGAAUGUAGAAGCCGUCCAGGCUUUGCAAGAACAAAAUUUAUCUGAGACCAAAGAAACUGAAAAUACUGCUGUCACAGAUAGAGAACAGGAUUUUUCUACUUUUAUUAAGGGGUCCCUCUUAGAAGUUCAAAGCAGUCUUUAUACACCAAGGAAUGACUGCACCAGUCUUAAGUACAGAACAUCUUAUAACUUGACUUUAUUGAAUUAUAUGGAUCCUCUACAAAUGCCGUACUUGAAACAAGAGCCUUAUUUUGGAAUGGGGAAUAUGGCAGUGAGCUGGCACCACGAUGAAAAUCUCAUUGAAAGGUCAACAGUAGCUGUGUACAAUUACAGCUGUGAAGGUUCUGCAUGUGACAAAGUUAAUGAACAGUAUGUGGAAGGGAGAGACCCAGCUGACUGGCACGUAGGCCUGAAGGUAGCAUGGGACAUAAAGACACCUGGACUGGCAAUACCCCUUCACCCAGGAGACUGCUAUUUUAUGCUGGAUGAUCUCAAUAUGACACAUCAGCAUUGUGUUCUGGCUGGUUUUGAGCCUCGUUUCAGCUCUACCCACAGAGUGGCAGAGUGCUCAACAGGAACACUGGAAUAUAUUUUUGGACAGUGUGAGUUUGCACUUCAGAAUUUACAGGUUGAUUCUGAUUCAGCGGCUUUGUCUUUGAAAUCACUGGAAGUCCAAGUUGUAAAGGAAGUGGAAGGAAUCCAUAACGAGGUCGAAUUUGAGUGGCUUAGGCAGUUUUGGUUUCAGGGCAAACGCUAUAGGAAGUGCACUGAUUGGUGGUUUGAACCAAUGGCUAAAUUGGAAGAAUUUUGGAAAAAGAUGGAGUUUAUGCAAAGCAGGAGAAGAAAUAAAAUAGCAAAACAAAAUGAACAAAACCAAAAAACAGGAGAUGUUGCUUAGUGUCCAUUUUGACUACUGUAAGAUGUCACAGUCCUGUAGUGGAGGGCCUCAGACUGCCAGGUGAUCAUAUUUGCCUACUGAGCUGCAAAACAUGGCUACAUAAAGGACUGAAUUUCAGCCAUAACUCCUGAAUUUCUGGGCUUUUCUUAUCUGCUUAUACCAGACCCUUUAAAUAAAGAUUUUUUUUUUGUUAGGUCAAUUUUUAUGCAUACCAGGAUUGAAAUGUUCAUAGAAAUUUACCCUUAGUUAAAAAACUAAUACUGAAGUCUGGUAUUUUAUUAGUUUCUUUCCUUUUUCUAUCGCACUAAUUUCUUUGACUCCAGUAUUUCCAGUCCUCAGAAAAGAAAGAGCACAUUCAGCAUUGUUUACUGGAGAAUCAUUAACAAAAAUUUUAAAAAAUAGUUGUGUACAACAUCUUCCUAAAAAUAUAUUUACAAUUCUGAGAGAAUUCAGACAUAAGCCUCCAAAACAAAAUGUGUGCUGAAAGCACAAAGGAGUGUGUUUAUGAUUCUCUUUGAAGUGUUUUUGCAACAGGAUAAGGAAAAUUUUAGAAACUGUCUGAUAGUGUUCAGGGUAAAUACUUAAACCCCUUUAGAGAAUUUCACACACAGAUACUGUGCAGUAGAAAAAAGGAUACUUAUGUUUCCUAAAGCUGCUACAGCCUACAGCUUUGUACUUAAAGACAGAGGUGUUGAAUAGAAUUCUACUGAGGAUACAUCCAGUGACAAUAUCUACAGGAACAUCAGAGCAAACCAGUGGAUAGCACUUUCUAUUUUUAACCCUUACAUGAGCUAGUUGAGAUCUGAGCUCUGUUGGUAUGAAGCACUUCUAACAUUUCUAUUACUAACUGGGAAUGUUGAGAUGAAAAGCCCUGUUACUCCCAUGGUAUACUUAAAAAAACAACUCUUGAAAACAUGAGGGUUGGCAUAACCUAGCAGACUCAAAGUUGAGGCCUGGCUACCCCAAUUUUGUGCCAAUAGGGCAGCGGAUACAUGGGGAGGGAGUUAAGACAAUGGUGUGAGGUAAGUGUGUGAUUGGGGGUGGGGUUACCUUCAGUUUUAAAAUACUAGACUUCUGCUGAUUUGUGCUACAAAAUUUAAUGUUGUUUAAAUAAAUUCCCCUCUCUCUCACUUUUAUAUGCAUAUAUAUAUAUAUAAUAUACAGAUCCCAAUUCUACAAUCAGAUUAAUGGAAUCUGAUCUCUGUGCCCAUAUUGAACCCUGUAGCCUUGACUGGCACUUUGUGCAGGCAUAAGGAUCUUCCUGCACCGAUCAAAUUGCAGAAUCUGUACAUGCAUGCACAUCCACGUACGUAUGUGCAUAUACAUCAGUUUAUUGCAAUUGUUACAAACUAAGCUAGUCUCCUAACUAAAGGUAUACAAAGGUAUAGAUAGACAUACAGUAUGUCUUCAGUGCUUUAUGCUGCCCCAUCAGAGUCAAUGGAAAUUAUAUCAUAGACUUCAGUGGGAGCAGAAUCAGGCCUUUCAUGAGGCUAGCAUGGUUUUUAUAUAUAUUUACGCUAAUAUCUUGGAUGAACACAUAUGCACCACAGUGCAUGAUCUAUCUUUGGUUGAUCAGGUAUUAUUUACCCACUUUUAGAGGCUUAUAAUUUGUCUGUUGUAGUAUUAUUGUACUGCCACUUUUAAUAGGCUGAUUAUUGAUCCAAAGCCCAUCAUAAGUUUUAGAGAGCCAUUUCAUUGUUUAAUUUUGUAAAUCUGAUGAAAGUUGUGACAACUUUCUGCUGAAAAUAUAUAUGAACGUUUACAGAAAAAAGCAACACCUGUGUUGAAACUUUUUUUUUAAAAAAUUAGACCAAUUAUUCAGUUUAUUCUCUGAUAUACUUCAAGUAAAUGGCUAUUAGUUUUAUGAGUUACAGGGCCACAGGAAUGAUCAGAAACACAAAACUUCUAUUUUGUUUAUAUUCAUUACUUAGACGUGUGUGUGUGUGUGUGUAAUAUGUUAAAAGGUAUGGUUCUGGGUUAAAAAAAGUUUCUGACCAGAGAAGUUUUUAUUAUGACAAAGUUAUAAACUAAGGGAAAUAAAUCAAAUGAGUGUGAUUAAAAUGUCAUCAUCUGCUGUAAUUUUUUCACAGUACAGCUAAUACUUGUUAAACCCUUUUUUACUGCUAGCUCCUUUUAGUGACUUGACCAUCACUUUGUGAUGGGUGUUGCCAUUCCUGUGCUAGCUGCUAAGGCCAAGUGGAAUUCUGUAGCAUGGACAGAUAUAGUUGCAUUUUACUCAUAAUUUAUAAAAGUGGAUGGGGGCAAAAGAGAAGAUGCUUUUCUAAUAGUAACUAUUUCCAGGAACUGUGCCGCUCCUAUUCUGUUUGAUCCCCAGUCCUCUCUCUUAUUAGUAAAAUCAUAGGUGAAUAGCUCCUUUUGUAGCUACUACAAUUUUUUCAGAAUUUCUCUUAUGGUAAAAAUCACAGCCCAGCUUUUACAGAUAAGGAAACUGACGCUCAGAAUAACUCAGUGACUUGCCAUGUAAGGCACUGUGGGCUGGUGGAUUAGGUCUGGAAAAGGGAAUCAGGAAACCUAGGAUCUUAUAAGCCUAGUUCCAUCACCAACUUUGUGUAAUCUGAACAAGUAAUUUAAGCCUGACUUUCAAAAUCUGGUGCCCAAGUCAAAAUUUCUGUGCCUAAAAUAGGUAUUUAGGUGGCAAACUUUAAGCACUGUUCUCAGCCUCAAUUUCCACACCUGAUUUUUACCAUAAUUGAAAAUGUACAGAAAUUAUGGUAGCUGUAAAAGAACUAUUCACUAUCUUCUUGCCAGUGAGAGAGAAGAUUUGAGUCAGUGCAGAUCUGGCUAAGGUGAGUAUGAGGUUUAUCCACAUGGAUCCAAUUGUAAAGUAAGGUCCAGUGAUCACGAGCUCUGCCUCAAGAGGGCAGUGCGUAUGGGCAAAGUUCUGCCUGAGUGAAUUGAAUUGCAGGAGCUAGUCCCCUAUGGCAUAUCCUGAUCAUUCCCCAUAUAAAAUCCAAAGAUCCAUUUCAGUUUCCAGUCCUGGCUCUUAUGAGCUCUUGGGCAAGACUUUUCUGCACUUUUCAUUUAUUUUGCUUACUACACACACUUCCGUUUAGUAAUCCUGAAGCUGUAGUCACAAUAAAAUGCAGCUUAUCUAUUUAAUGUUUACCAUGCUGCAGCAGGAAAGUAAUUAUUGGCUUUUCUCAAAUGUCUCUACUUAACAUCGGGUUUUGGCAGCCCUCCUUGGACCGCCAGUGAAUCUGAACUCUAAAUAAUUCUCACAGCAGAGGCUUUAUAUUAAAGUUUAAGCGUAACAAAUCUUCUUAAGUUGUUUUCUGUGUAAUAAUGUGAUUGUUUAUCACAAUUGGACUAAAUGGCAUUCCUUUUCAUAGGACUCAUUUUGAAUCUUUUAAAAAUAAUAGUAAUAGAGUGGCUUAAAGACCAGUGACGGGGUCAGUUCAGACUUGGUGUCAAUGAGAAUGGUGUCAGUGGAGUUACACCCGUGAUGCAUUUUCCCCACUACCUCGCAGGUGACAUUCAGCAAAAUGUGUUGUUGGUGGCUAAGGGAAAUUGUUACAGUUUGUGUUGCCUAGAUGUUUAGAAUCAAUAUAGUUAUGCAAUAGCUAACAUGACUCAGAUUUACAUAUGUAUGUUUAAUAACAACAUUUUGGCCUUGUGUCUCAAGUGCUUUGCAAAUGCUAAUUGAUAAAGCCUGUCAACAUUCCUGUGAGCUUGAUAAGUAGCAGUCUGGCCAUUUUGCAGAUGGUGUUGUGGGUCACAGUUUGAAUAAGUGAAUUGUACAAGUUUACACAGUAAUUCAGUGGCAGAGAAAGCAGUAGCACUCAGGAUUGUCCCAUUACCCAUUGAACCACUUUAAGUAUUAGGCCUCAUCUUCUGUCCUGUUUCACAUUUCUGUCUAGUGAAAUAGCAGUUCUAAGCUGCCAGGACUUUGCAGUAUCAGGCUGUUAGCAUUUACACCUUUGCACAAAAAUAAAGAAUGAGCAUCUUGUUUCACUAUAAUGAGGUAUGGCAGUGUAGACCGAUUUGGAUGGCAACUAUUUUACAAACCACCAUAUGCUAAUGUUUUUCCCCCAAAACCAUGUCUACACAGAGGUCUAUGUUGUGCCUCUUGGAGUUCCCAGGUGAACAGAGGCAGAGCACCCACUUGAAAACCUUUAUCAGAGACUGCUUUCUAUCCCCUGUGCACUAGCCAUCUCUUCAUGGAGAGAGGGACAGAGCCAUGGCAUCUCCUCUGUGGUGUGUGCACUCUCAGGACAGCGGGGAUGGAGCAAAAUACAGACCAUGUAACUCUAUAUGGCAUUCACAUGGACACACAGUGGGAGGUGCACAGGGAACCCUGACUCUAAAUUAGUCUGAGACUUCAUACUCUUUUUGGAAGGCUUAAAAAUUCACUGAUAAUAAAUAAUAAUAUUUUUCACUUAUAUAGGUCUUCUCUAGUUACUUCUCGGCAAGAUGUUUGUUAGUGCAGCAGCACAGUAAUUGACAUAGUCUCUCUGAGGAAUCACAGUAAAGCUAGGCUUGCUACCCUACUACAAUUUUGAAGUUGUACCAAAAAUGGGGCAAAUGCUUAGUUUCAACUACCUCUCAUAUGUUUUAUUUAUAUAUAAUAUGUGUGUACAUAUAUAUCUGUAUAGAUAUAGUUGUCAACCCUAGCCUUGUUGUAAUUUCUCUAAUGACCUGUGUCAAUCAAAAACUUUUAUAGCUUGCAUGACCCUUGUAAAAAAAAAAUGGAGGCUAGAAAGACAGAGAAAUCACUGCUGAAAACUCAUCAUACUGAUGAAAAUGUUUAA